UUGUCAACAAAUCGUAAACAAACAGCUGAUAAUGAUACUACGUUUUUCUGCGAAAGCUUUCCAAUAAAUUUAGUUUUCUUACGUUAAAACAGUACUUCAAACGUUCAAACAGAAAUGUCAAUUCCAGUAAUAAAGGCAGGUCUUUCGCUGCGAAGUUUUUUCAUCUUUAAUUCUCAAUUCGGUCCGAAGGAGGGCGAGGAAGAAAAGAAGAUUUUGUUCUAUCAUCCUCAAGAAACGGAUAUCGAUUCCAAGGUGAAAGAUGUUGGACUGUGCGAAGCGAUAAUUAAAUUCAGCAGUACAUUCACCAGUGACGAAAGUGUGCAUGCACUGCAUACCCAGAAAACAUGCCAGUUAUAUCAUCAACCGGAGCCAGGCUACUGGAUGGUAAUGAUACUGAAUGUCCCUUUUGAGAGAAAAACUCGUGAAACAGGAGAUUACAACGAGUAUCAUGGUGAUGAUAUUCAUGAUACAAUUUUUCAAGCUGUUUUGAAACAAUCCUACCGAAUGUUUCGACUUUUCAAUGGAACUUUUGAGGACAACUUGCGACCAGCAGAAGAUUUAGUCGCGGUCGCCAAUCUGAUUGGACAGCUGGAACAAUUCUACGUCAAGUAUAUUCAGCAUUUGAAGCUGAGAGAGUGCGACGUUUUGGAUGCACUUGGUAGUGUGCAGUAUCUUCCCCUAAACCAGUUGCUGUUCCUGAGAGUUCAAAAUUUCAUAAACAUGAUCGAGGCAACAUUCGAGCCGAUUCGGCAAUGUAUAUUCCUGUACGAUGACCACAUCAUCUGGAGUGGCAUCAGUCCAGACGAUCUGUACACAAUUUACCAGUAUUUGAACGGUCCGUUCUACCAAGAAACGGCAAGUGCGGAACGGUCGAGAAAAAUUCACAUCAAAGAAGCAGGUCAGGAAAGGGUCCUAAACUUUAUGAUUUGUCGAAAAGUGCAGAAUAUUACACUGUGUUUGUUCCUUGAGGACGUCGAUAACGAGAAGGCACUGUAUCAUGAGCUGAACGCGGUGAUAAACCCUCAGCUUACUAGCAUUUGCUCGGAUAUCACACUCCAUCUAACGCAAUCCAAUGCCGAGAAUGGAUGCUUGAAGGAUGCGGAAAGCUCCAACGGUCCUAAGUUUAUUUAUUUCAAUGAACUCAACCUUCACCACCGGGGUACGAUUCGGUUGGGUGUUCAGAAAAAGAACAAAACCGGUGGGUGCAUUCCGAACGAUGUGCAGAACUUGAUCGUUGACCUGUUGGAUGACUCACGGAAGUCUGGCGAGAAGGACAUAGCGGAGGAAACCAUCGUCAAAACCCACGAUGAUUAUUGGAUUGUGAAGCGUAGCUGUAAUUCGCGGCACGUAUUCGUGGUGCUGAAUAAAACCUCGACACUGAUUGAAGUCAGCGAGGAAACGAAAAAGAUUGUCGACCAGAAUAUGAAGGGUGUUUUCUUUUAGGGGGCGGCUCCGAAGGUGUGCUCAUUUUUAGUGAGUUGCUAUUACGUACUGAAAUUGUGACGAAGCAAAUAAGAUGCUUACUUUAUAUACAAUUGAUAGCAAUGUGCAUUAUAUAUCGAUAGCUUUGAAAUAUAACAUUUUUGCUGAUAUUUA